AUGAAGGUGCUGAUUGUACUCGGUGUUGCUUUCUUGCCCCUUCUACUGACCCCCGCCCAAGGUGGGUCGGUGAAGGAGGACUGGAACUAUGUGUCAGUGAGGAAAAACGCCAACAUGUUCUGGUGGCUCUACUACGCUGAUCACCCCACAAAGAACUACACCCAGGUGCCGCUGGUCAUGUGGCUGCAGGGUGGCCCUGGAGCCUCUGGUUGUGGAUUUGGUAAUUUUGGAGAGAUUGGACCCCUCGAUACCAAUCUGAACCCACGAAACAGCAGCUGGGUGCAGGUUGCCAGUCUGCUGUUUGUGGACAAUCCUGUGGGCACUGGAUACAGCUACACGACGGAUGGCGGAGCGUUUGCCAAGGACGUGGACGCCGUCUCUGGGGACAUGCUGGUCCUUCUGAAAGAAUUAUUUCUCUCCAAGCCGGAAUUCCAGACCAUCCCCUUCUACAUCUUCUCAGAGUCCUACGGAGGCAAGAUGGCGGCAGCGAUCUCCCUGGCACUACACAAGGCCGUCCUGGUGGGCGACAUUAAGUGUAAUUUCGGAGGAGUGGCUCUUGGAGACUCCUGGAUCUCCCCCAUUGAUUCGGUGGUAAGCUGGGGGCCGUAUCUCUACAGUAUUUCUCUGCUGGAUGAGAAUGGUCUGAAAGCGGUUCAGAAAGCGGCAGACUCGGUCCAGGAUGCCCUCAAUAAAGAACAGUAUGAAAAGGCGACAGAACUUUGGUCCAUGGCGGAAGAUGUCAUAGAAGAGAAUACAGACGGAGUGAACUUCUACAAUAUUCUGACCAAAGAUUCUCUGAUGUCAGGAAAUCAUGUGAAGAGCAACCUGAAGUUCCAUAAUCCAGCUCUUGGGAGUCUCUACCGGCGGCAUAUCCUGCCUCUGCAGACGGAUGGCCUGUCUGAACUGAUGAAUGGACCAAUCAGAGCCAAGCUGAAAAUCAUUCCAGAUUCUGUCACAUGGGGAGGCCAGUCCGCAGAGGUCUUCACCAGCAUGGCGGGAGAUUUUAUGAGGCCAGUGGUGAGCGUUGUGGAUGAGCUCCUGUGUGCGGGGAUCAAUGUCACCGUGUAUAAUGGACAGCUGGACCUCAUAGUGGACACUGUUGGUCAGGAGGGGUGGGUCAAGCAGCUAAAGUGGAAGAAGCUGGACCAGUUCAAGAGCCUGCGCUGGACACCACUGCACCUGCAGUCCACAGAAACGGCGGCUUUCUACAAAACCUGGGAGAACUUCGGCUUCUACUGGAUUUUAAAAGCAGGACACAUGGUGCCGUCUGACCAGCCAGAAACAUCGCUGAAAGUGCUGCGCAUGAUCACAAAGCAGGAGAAGUAACCGCACGAGGAGCCAGCAGGAUCCUGGC